AUGGACUCGGACGACGAGAAGGAGCAGAUGUUCUUAGAGCUUUUUGAAGAAGAGAUGGCAGCUGCCGCCCAAGACGAGGAGCAAACGAUGAUUCGGAAGCUCUUCCUUGAAAUUGUGUAUGCCCUUCGACACUACGACUCCUACUUCAGAUGCACGUUGGAUUGCACCGGCAUGGCAAAGUUUUCUGCCCUCCAAAAGUGCACGGUGGCUAUGUGGAUGCUGGCAUAUGGAGCUCCUGGUGAUGCUGCCGAUGCCUAUCUUUGGAUGGCCGAGUCCACCGUCAUUGAUUGUUUGUACCGGUUCAGGGCUGUCGAAGACACUGCCUGGAUCCUCGCUGUCAAUGAAGCUUGA